UGUUUGGGUGCAGGGACACUGUCGACCACUAGGGGGCUGGAGAGUUAGCAGCGUGCUAGCAGAAGCUAGUGCUGUGUGAAGGAUUUAUGAGCUACAAACACACUCCAUACAUUGAAAGUGAGGCCCAGUCAUGUCUCAGGUGGAGAAGAAGGCAGGUUUGCUGAGGAGGACGUCGUCCUCUAAGAAACCUCUAAAGGAGAAGGUGGUGUUGAUGUACGAUGAGAUCUUUGCAAAAGAAGACCCUGCUAAAAACAGCCCUCGCUUCUGGGAUGAGCUGUUUCUAAUGAAGGUGAACUUAGAGUACCUUGAGUCGAAGCUGGAGAGUGUCGAUGGCGAGGAGGUUCAGCGGAUCCAGGACAACAUUAACUCGUUGUUCCAUCACAGCGUUCAGGCUCUUGGAGAGGAGCAUCAGAUCAAAGUUGUCAAUGCUCUCCAGACUCUAUGUGCACUUUUUCGUGGGGUUCAUCAAAAGAACAAGUCGGCGUCUGGCUUUGACAUCAUUAAUAUGCUCAUGGGCUUUGACAAAGCCGAGCAAAGGAUGAAGGACUUAAUGGAAAGCCUGGAUAGCCUCCUUUGUGGAGAUGGUUCAGAAAGUCUAAAGAGCCUUUGUCUCAAACUUCUGCUGUGUCUGGUGACGGUAACCGACAAUAUCAGUCAGAAUACCAUCUUGGAAUAUGUGAUGAUCAAUAGCAUAUUUGAAGCCAUUCUGCAAAUUCUUUCAGAUGCGUCCAGUAGAGGGCAGCAUGGUUAUGAUGCUGUGGUUCUACUGGCCCUUUUGGUCAACUACAGAAAGUAUGAGUCUGUAAAUCCAUAUAUUGUGAAGCUCUCUAUCGUGGAUGAUGAGCCGACACUGGAUGGAAUGGGCAUGGUUGUUCACCAAGCUUUAACAGAAUAUAACAGGCAGUACAAAGACAAAGAAGAAGAGAACCAGGGUGGCUUCUUCUCUACCCUCACUAGUAUGGUGGGCAACAUGUUUAUAGCAGAUGCAGAUGAGAAGCUCUCAGUGCAGACCAAUGAAGCAAUUUUGCUGGCGCUGUAUGAAGCUGUGCACCUUAACCGCAACUUCAUCACUGUAUUAGCACAGAGCCACCCUGAGAUUGACAUUGUUGUGACCCCUGUCAGCCCCGCUCCAACCACACCAACAACACCACUUGGCACAACGCCACCCUCCCUAGACAUGAUGAACAACCCUGAGCUACCACUAGAUCCAAACCUGCAGACGAGCAACCUUCUCAUCACCUUCCUCAAGUACGCAUCAAUUGUAAUGCAGGAUACUAAAGAUGAACAUCGUCUGAACAGUGCCAGACUAUGCCUAAUCAUCCUCACAUGUAUAGCUGAAGACCAGUAUGCUGAUGCCUUUCUGCAUGAUGACAAUAUCAACUUCAGGGUCAGUCUACAUAAAAUGCCCAUGAGGCACAGAAAAAAAGCAGUGGACAAGAACAUCCCUUCUAGGCCACUGGUGUGUGCAGUGCUAGAUUUGAUGGUAGAAUUUGUCGUCACACAUAUGAUGAAAGAAUUUCCCAUGGAUUUAUACUUGCGCUGUGUUCAGAUCAUUCAUAAACUCCUCUGCUACCAGAAGAAGUGUCGGAUCAGGUUACACUACACUUGGAGAGAGCUCUGGUCAGCAUUAAUCAACCUGCUCAAGUUUCUCCUGUCAAAUGAAACCACACUGCUGUCCAAGCACAACAUUUUUCAGCUGGCUCUCCUGGUGGUAAACCUGUUCAACAUGUUCAUCACAUACGGCGACACAUUUCUGCCCACUUCCAACAGCUAUGACGAACUCUACUAUGAGGUUGUACGAAUGCACCAAGUUUUCGACAACCUCUACUGUAUGGUGCUGAGAGUGUCAACAAACACCGGCCAGUGGAAGGAAGCUGCCAGUAAAGUCACACAUGCCCUUAUUAACAUUCGGGCGAUCAUAAACCAUUUUAAUCCGAAGAUUGAAUCGUAUGCUUCUGUGAACCACAUCUCCCAACUGUCAGAGGAGCAGGUGUUGGAGGUGGUGCGCUCCAACUAUGACACGCUGACACUCAAACUGCAGGAUGGUCUGGACCAGUUUGAGAGAUACUCAGAGCAGCCCAAAGAAGCGGCUUUCUUCAAGGAGCUGGUACGCUCCAUCAGCCUGAAUGUGAGGAAGAACGUGUCUCUGAACACGUUGAGUCAGGAUGUUCUCCUCAAAGAAUUCUCCACCAUCUCCUGAGAGGUGAACAUAGACCUUCAUCCACAUGUAACGUACAGUACAUGAUCAUGUCCUGUACAUGCAGCACAUGUUAUAUGCACACAGUGGACGGUGUCGUCUUCAUUUCUCCUCUACUGCCCCUCUCGGACUAUACUCUGCAAGGCUGGAAGCUCCAUCACUACGACGACGCUGGUGCGUGUGCGUGUUCUUGCACUGGUUCCUGGUUUGCAAGCUGCAAUACUGGCUGGACUGUUAACAGACGUGAAUGUUUGUAUUCCAAAUAGUACAACGACAAUGUCUUUUUAACCUAAUGUUAGUAACUUCUGCUGUGUAAGUGAUUGAUGUGUAAUUUAUUUCUUCUCUUUGCCAUUUCUGACAGAGUGACACUUCAUUGUCACUUUGUAUGAAAAACUUCGACUUUUUUUUCCCAUGUAGCGGAACCAUUGUGAGAACGUUAACUUAGUCGCACGUUCAAUAAAAAUUCAGUAUUUUAAAUAAACACACUUUGCUAAUGGAUUGUUGUGACCAGUGAAGAAGUGAUUAAAAAGGAAGCCGUGACAAACUACUGUAUGCUGUUUCCUGCUUCACUUAAACAGAACUUUUUUUUUUUUUGCUUAAUAUGUCUGUAAUAUUGCCACAAAGAUUUAUACCUACUAAAUAAUAAAAAUGUACAAUACAUUUUUCAUUUA